UGAAAGUGCCAUCUUCUGGCAAGCGUUAACAUUCAUAAAAUAGUUUCGCAUGACUGUGCUCUUGUUGACGGUUUGAGUGUAAAGAUUCAAUAAUGUCUUCAGUGCUUGUACCUGAAAUCCCUGCGCCAGGAUUUUCUUUCGAUCUAUGUCAAAGAAAUAAUUUACUGAUCAAGAAAGGAUAUCAAGCUCCAAAAGCUGUUAAAACAGGAACAACUAUUGCUGGAGUUGUUUAUAAGGAUGGGGUCAUACUUGGUGGUGAUACAAGAGCAACAGAAGAUACCAUAGUAGCUGAUAAAAAUUGUAGUAAAAUUCAUUAUCUUGCUGAAAAUAUGUAUUGCUGUGGUGCAGGGACUGCUGCUGAUACUGAGAUGACAACUCAGAUGAUAGCCAGUCAGUUGGAGUUACAUCGUUUGAACACAGGUCGUGUGGUACCUGUUUGCACUGCCAAUGCAAUGAUUAAACAAUUAUUAUUCCGUUAUCGAGGUCGCAUUGGAGCAGCUUUGAUAUUAGGAGGUUGUGAUUUAGAUGGACCACAUUUAUAUUGUAUUUAUCCUCAUGGAUCAGCAGACAAACAUAUGUAUACCACUAUGGGUUCUGGAUCAUUAGCUGCAAUGGCUGUAUUUGAAAGUAGAUGGAAACCUGAUAUGAAUGAAGAGGAAGCUAAAGAACUUGUAGCGGAUGCAAUACGUGCUGGUGUAUUCAAUGAUUUGGCUUCUGGUUCUAACGUUGAUCUGUGCGUCAUACGUAAGGGUUCCGUUGAUUAUUUGCGACCUUACGAUAUCGCUAAUGUAAAAGGAGAACGUUCAAUAUCGUAUCGAUACAAGCGGGGUACCACUGCCAUACUCAGCAAAACAGUUCAUCCUAUAAUUAUCGAAGAAGAAACUAUUCGUAGAGUUACAGAGGAAGCAAUGGAUACUUCAUCUUGAAAUGUGCAUUAGGUAUUUCUAAGUAUAAGCUCAUGGUAUGCUAAUUUUUAACAACAGAGCCUUUUGGCCUUAUGUUCUUUUGAUUAAUAAACUUAAUUCCAAACAAUAAAA